CACAAAACAUAUGAUUUCUCUCAAACGUGUAUGCAGAAUUUUGUCCGAUUGUUUUAUUUUUUGAACAAUGCUAAAUAAAAGUAGGAAAACUGUGUCAUAAGCCGAAUUGUUCAUAAUGAUAAAAGCAAAUGAACAAUAGUCGUUGUGAAUAUGUUCGGGCGAGGAGAUCAUGUCUCUCUCAACCUCUCCCAAGACUAUUUAUUCGACCGUAAACGGCCUUUUAACUUAAAAAGGCAAUGGAACCAGCUUUCGAAAUGCCAAAAAAGCACCGCUUACAUGGCCGCACUAGUAUUCAUAAUCACCAUAUUUUACGUUAUUUCGAUCGACACCAAGGGUGCGAUUAUAUCAAGACAAAAAACUGAGAAAACUAGCGAGAAAUCAACUUUAACUCACAUCGGUAACAAUCCAAGGGAAGUAAUCGAAAAUGGAGCGGAGAACAACAAUGAAAACCAAGUAUUAGAGGAGCCAGAUGGAGCUCAAGUUAACAGUAAGGUUGAUAGUAAUCAGGUGGUGGAACCACCGAAAGAUAUCAUAACAUUUCCAGAAGCAAACACUUCACGUCAGAAAUCGAUUAAAAAAGCCUUCCAACAUGCGUGGAAGGGUUACAAACAGUUUGCCUGGGGACACGAUCAUCUCAAACCGAUUUCAGAAGGAUACCAUGACUGGUUUGGACUAGGCUUAACCAUUGUUGAUUCGUUGGAUACCAUGUACAUGAUGGGAUUAAAAGAAGAGUAUACAGAAGCUAGGAAUUGGGUGGAUAAGCAUUUAAAUUUUGACAUUAAUAGGGAUGUGAAUUUGUUUGAGGUUACAAUAAGGGUUUUAGGCGGAUUACUCAGUAUUUACCACUUUACUAAAGACGAUAUGUUUCUGAAAAAAGCGACUGAUUUAGCUGAUAGAUUGCUUCCAUGUUUUGACACUGAGUCUGGUAUUCCUCUGUCAGAUGUCAAUUUAUUCACAAGGAAAGCUCACGCACCUAAAUGGUCUCCUGAUAGUAGUACUUCCGAAGUAACAACUAUACAAUUGGAGUUUAGAUACUUAAGUUGGAUAACUAACAAUCCUAAAUAUGAGAACGUGGUCUCCAGAGUGUCCGAAAUAGUUCACAAACUAGAAAAAACCGAUGGUUUAGUUCCUAUUUUCAUCAAUGCAAACACUGGCCAGUUUAGGGCAUACGCCACCAUCACACUGGGCGCUAGAGGCGAUAGUUACUACGAAUAUUUACUCAAACAAUGGCUGCAAACGGAAAAAUCAGUAGAAUAUUUAAAAAAUGACUAUGUAGAGGCUAUUGAGGGUGUCUCGAAACAUUUGGUGAAACGCACAGUUCCUAACGGGUUCCUAUUCGUAGGGGAGCUCCUGGGGGGCUCCAAAGACUUGAAACCAAAGAUGGACCAUUUGACUUGCUAUCUUCCAGGAACUUUAGCUUUAGGUGUGCACAAUGGCUUGUCAAACUCUCACAUGAAGCUAGCCGAAGAACUAAUGACCACUUGCUACCAAACCUAUGCUCAGCAACCUACCUUCCUAGCUCCAGAAAUUACCUAUUUCAAUAUACAGGGUGAAAAUUCCAAUGACAUGUACGUGAAAGCCAACGAUGCUCAUAAUUUACUGAGGCCAGAGUUUUUGGAGAGUUUGUGGUACAUGUACCAGUUUACUGGCAAUGUAACAUAUCAGGAAUGGGGUUGGCAGAUAUUCCAGGGAUUCGAGAAUUACACGAAAGUAAUCAACGGCUACACAUCGAUAGGCAACGUGAAGAACACGGGCAACGUCAGGCCCAAGGACAUGAUGGAGUCGUUUUUCCUGAGCGAAACUUUGAAGUAUUUGUACUUGCUGUUCAGUGAGGAUCCAAAGAUGCUGGAUUUAGAUAGAUACGUGGUAAAUACAGAGGCACACCCUUUUCCCAUAGGCAAAGCCAAUAUCUAAGUGUUUUUUAUUUUUUAAUUAAAAUAUAGAAAAAUUUCGUCCAUAUAUAUGAUCGCGAACUAGAAAAAAAUAUAAAAUAAAUUUUUAUUUUGCGAUAAAUAUAUUAGUCACGUGACAUAAUAUUAUUAGAUUGAAGUUACUUUAAAAAUACGGUAUGAUCGAGAAAAAAAACGGCGUCAAAGACGGCUGGGGAAUGGCAAUUGGCAAUCGAUGAUAAUUUUGUCGAGGUCAAUCUUUAAAUUGACAUAAAACUUGUCAAAAAUUAACGCACCAUUAAAAAGUAAACAAGAUUACAGGUCUAGGACUUGACCUCGCCAAAAUUAUCAUCGAUCGUCAUUCUCCAGCCGUCUUUGACGCCGUUUUUUUUUCGAUUUUCGAAAAUUCUGUAUGACCAAAAAAAUAUUCGAAGGUAAGUGCUGAUAUAUGACUUUUAUUUAUAUACCGGGUGCUUCUAAAAAGUGACUCACCCCUAUAACUUUUUUAUUUUUUUCAGU